UUAGAUGGAAAAGAACAUUUACUUGAUUUACAUCAGCUCAUCAUUUUUUCUGCACUUAAUAAGGUGAUUAAUGACAUUUAAGAGAUAACUAGUUAUUGUUUUUUUAAAUGCCUGUAUGGUCCUAUUAUCAGAUAUUCAGUUUGUUGUAAUGUAAUACACUUAUAACAUAAUGUGAUAUCUGAGACCCGUUUCUGAAAUAUUCAUGCAAAGCUACCACACAGACAGUAGAAGGUCUGCUAACAUGGAGGCUGGAGAGCAAGAACUAAAAUGUCCCGUGUGCUUAGAGAAUUUUACAGACCCGGUUUGCCUUCCAUGUGGACACAACUUCUGCCAAUCUUGCAUCCGAGCUGUCUGGAACAUGGAUGAUGACCCCAAAACAUUUAGUGGAGGGCCUUUAUUCUGUCCUGAAUGUCAGAUACUACUUCCCUCUGACCUUAAGCUUGAGAUCAACUCAGGAUUUCAAAAUAAAUUUCAAGAUGUCCUUGCACAAGAUCUUCCCCAGGACCAAUCUCAGGUGACACCCUCAACUAUCAUGUGUGACCACUGCAUUGAGAAGACUGAGGUGGCUGUGAAGAGCUGCCUCACCUGUGAUGCCUCUCUGUGUUCUGCGCACACCCUCCUGCAUCAGCAGAGAGACGUCUUAAGAGGACACUCGCUCAUUGAGGUAACAGAGGAUUUGAUUUCCUUUAAGUGUAAGGAGCAUGGAGAGGAACUGAAGCUCUUCUGUCAGGAGGACCAGGUUGCUGUAUGUUGUCUUUGCAUUGUGGUUGGGUCACAUAAGAACCACCAGGCUGUGAAGUUAGAGGAAGCAUGCUCAGAAUUCAAGAAAGUGCUAAAAAGCAACGAAUCACUUCUUCUAGAGAGGAGAGAUUUAGCUGAGUGUGCUGUGCAAGAUUUGGGGUCAUUAUUUUCUGAAGUCUCGAAAAAUGCACAAGCAUAUCGUCUCAAAAUAGUUGAGAAAUACAGGCAGAUUAAAGCCCAAAUUGAGGAAGAUCAGAAGUUAAUGUUGACCAUUCUGGAAACAGAGGAGUUUUAUACCAACAAGUGGCUGAAAUGGAGAAGUGAAUCACUGCAGUGUCACAUAAGAGAUAUUAACACUGUGCUAAAAUCAAGCCAGUCACUCCUUCAGGAAGAGAAUGACAUCAUAUUUCUGCAGGCUACAAAAUUACUCUUACAGCAUCUCAGAAAACAUGGACUUGGAUCCCAGGUGAAUUUGCCACAUGUGCUUGUAACAGACCAAAAGCACAGCACAACAGAGAAGAUGAAGACAGCUGAAAAGCUGGUUGACAACUUACAUAAAGUUGUUUUUCAAAACACUCAACGACUCUGGUCUUGUCUCAGAACAAUAAGUCUAGACCCAGAGACAGCACACCCUGAGUUAAAGGUCUCAGAAGACCGCCUGGAGGUACACUGGAGUAAAAAGACAACCCAAGAGAAGAAACAGAAAGUGCACAUCAUCACUUCUCAGUACAGUGUACAGGCAAAAGAAAGAUUCUCCAGUGGUUCCCACUACUGGGAGGUGGCCGUCUGGAAGAAACCCUAUUGGUUGAUUGGCUUGUCAUGUGGGUCAGCUACUGAAGAAGACAAUUCAGUGCAUUGCAAUGGUGGCUUUAACAAUGUGUUUUGUUACAUAUAUCAUGGUAAUGGAAUAUAUCUUGUUUGUCAGGACUUAAACGAAAAGGCACUGACAAUAAGGAAAAAGAUCCAAAAAGUUGGAGUAUGGGUAGAUAUUGAGAAAGGGGCAGUGAUGUUUUAUGACGCGGAUACGCUGACAUUGCUCCAUUCGUUUUCUGUUCAUUUUUUGGGGCCAGUCUACCCUGUUUUUAACCCUUGCAUUGAUAUUAAUGGGAAAAACAGUCAGCCUCUUGCAAUUGUCCAUCCAAGAAACAGAAAUAAUUUUUAAAGCCCCCAACAAAACAGACAACCAAUUUCUUAGUAACAAGUAAAAAUAUCUAACACAAAUAAAUUUAUUUGAUAUAGCUGAGUAAGUUAUAGUUAUGUCAAUAUUUAUAGAGGAAGGAAUAUACAUAUUUUCCCAAUUCUUAAAUAUACCCAUAUGCAAUAAUCCAUAUGCCUGUGCUCUCACAUUUAAAUUUUGAUUUGCACGUGCAUGGCCCCCAGCGCGUUGCCCUUGACUCCAAGCGAUACUGUUUAGCAAGAAGUAACUAUAUAGCAGUGUAAAUAUGGAUUACAGAUUUUUACCUUUAAUUAUUGUGUGCACCAUGGUGG